AUGCAGCUUGACCAGUUCUUGAAUCCUUUAGAAGAGCAGUACACUGCAGUUGAAGAUGAGGUUGAAGAGGAUGAUGAAAUGAUAGAGCCUCUACCAUUUAUAUCAUCUACUAGGGCCCUGCAGGCAUUAUAUGACCUCCGCUUGUACGAAGAACAACAAAAUGAUGCUAAUCAAGCAUCUCUACACUCGCUAGCAUGCCAGGAACGUGAUAUUCUUCGAAGAAAGGUGUUAAACACGCAGCAAAGUGAUAUUCGUGGCUACUUUAGGUAG